AUGCAUUGUGAAAAACAAUUCAUCCCGACUCUAGAUGGCGCUGUAAUAAGGGCACUACUACAGCAGCAGCGACAGCUCUGGUGUGUUUUCCAUGGUGUUUUCACUGUGCUCGUUGGUCGAGAUUAGAGAGUCAAGGGGAGAUAUCUCAACUCAGUGUGACAGUAUGCAGAGCCUGUCAGUGCAGGCACUGGCUCUGCGGCAGCUGGGCAGACUAAACUCGCUGCAGCUGCUCUCACCGUGCCAUGGCUCUGGCCUCAUCAUGUGGUGCCCACAGACAUUACAUGCUCGUCAGCUGUGGGGUUCAGCCACUCCCCAGACGCAUCGGACAGCCAUGUGGCCAAAAUCGUGGGAUGCUCGGCAAAGCUGGUUGCUCCAUCAAACACGGCUCAAGAGCACGAGAAAGAAAGGGAAGCAGAAAGUAGUGCAGCAGGAGGAGGAGGAGGAGGAUGAGGAGCAGCAGGAUGCAGAGGCUAGUGAUUAUGAGGACGAGCUUCAAGAUGACCCAGGCCUGCCAAAAGACUACAAAGACCAUGAAAAAACUGUCCCGUCUCUACGUUUCGAUCUGCUUUUGAAGGCUGGAUUGGACAUUGCACGACAUGGAGUGGAGGAUGCUUUUUAUAGCCUCAAAUUGAGACUGAAUGGUCAAAAGCUGUCAAAAAAGAGCAAAAUGGUUAAAGUGGGGGAUACACUGGAUCUGAUUCUAAAUGAGGACAAGGAAAUGGACACAGUCUUGCUGAAAAGAGUGAUCUUAAAAAAGGUGGUUGGAGAGACAAAAGAUACAGAAAAGCAGAGAGUCAUUCUAAGAAGCUGGAAACACCUACAACUUCCCAGAAAGGAUGUGUACAAGCAGUGAAGACCAAUUCUAUUAUGUUUAAUAUGUGAAAGGUCAGAAGCUGUGACAAAAGUGGUAUUUCAUAUUCCACUCUCCAGCAUGUAAUUCUGAAACUGCAGAUUGUUAAUUCAAUGAGGUGUUUUCUCUGCACAACAAAAACUUUAUCAUAACUGUUCACCUGACAGUCGUUCUCAUAACUUUCAUACUAUUGGAAGAUGGAUUUAAUAAACUUUACAGGUCACAAAUGGAACACAAAUACAUCCAAUUAUUUAGAGGUAUUUUAUGUUAUGUGCAUUUUUUUAUUAUUAUUUAGUAUUUACCAGAUUCACAAAAUUACUAUUGUGAGAUACAGUAGAUCAGACAGUGUUUGUGAUAUCAAAUGUUUUCAGGAUUUCUGAUCCUUUGUUCAUUGCUUAUUUAGCUUAUACUUUAUGACAUUGGUAGAUUUUCAGUGAGCAGUUUUUUCAGGAAAAGUACAGAGUCCCUCUGCAUACAAUGGAAAUAUAUUUAUAAAUAUUAAGCCAGACUUAAAAAAUAUUUUGCACCACGCAAAUUAUUCAAAAGUGAGUCCAAAUCCAAACAAAUGCAGGUUCCAAAACUGUAUUUAUAACACAAAGAAAACAAAUUUGAUCAGUCUUCAUAAACAUCAAAAAUGCAAAUUAUCUGUCCUACCUUAGGUUUUGUAUGAUUUCCUCUGACCCUCACUUUGUAUAUUUGGAUUUUAAUAAAAAGGAUCAUGAAACCCA